AUGGGCACAGACGAGCUCCCGCUUCUGUAUGGCAACCUGGCGCCUCCUUCUGUCGCCAGUGUACUGUACAUGUCAGUCCUUGAACUAGUCAAUCGGCACGCUCUCGAAGCUGCUCAUGUGGUCCUUGCACAUGCCUGGUCGGCCAUCGCCUCGGAAUCGGCCCCACAGCUCCGAAGAACUGCAACCAGUAAAGCACACAAGGCGAGCAAUGAGAACGCAUAUGACAACCAGCCUGUGUCUCCGUCCCACCUCCUUGACGCGAAGAAUAUGAGAUCGUAA